AUGGAAAAUAUCGAUACAUAUGGUCUAAAAAUAUCUGUUCAAAUAUUUUAUGAAACUAUGAAAUCAUACAAUGAUGAUAUACUGAAACAUGUUGCUUAUUUACAAUUUAAAACUAUUGAACAAUUAAAUAUAACUGAAAUCAAUGAUUUCACAUUGAUCACUAAAGCUGAAUUAGAUAAUGUAAUUCAAAAUGUGACAAUUACUGAAGUCAUUCCAGCGACAGAAACAUCUAUAUUUCAACCACAAACUACAAUUGUUAAGAAGGAUGCUGAAGAAACAAUGUUGGAUCGUCAGAAUGAAGAAUUAACAAAAAUCGAAAAAGAACUAGAACAAUUACGACAAUUAGCCAAACAAAAUGGUCUAUCAAGAAUACAAUAUGCUAUUGUUAUGUUACUUAUGGAAUUGCAUGAAAUAAAACGUAAUAAGACUAUUUUGAAUGAAGUUGGACUUUUACAUUGGCGAAAAUCACCAAAACAAUUACAACGACAGAUAGCAACUGAAUCUAUUGAACAUAAAAAAUCUGAUAUCUUCAAUAUUAAACGAGUCAAACAUGAAAAAUCAAUCAAUGUUACACCUGAUAUGAUUAAAAAAACGAUCACAUUUACAAGUGAAACUACUUAUCGAUUUUCAGACAUUGAAAGAAAUAAUCUUAUUACGUUAGUAAAAUCUUUAAUAGACGAACAAUGUCCAGAUAAAGAUCUAGCAUUGGAAUUUUUAAUAGAUUAUUUUCACCGUCAAACUUAUGAAUCAAUGUGGACCAAUGUGGAGAAAUUAAUCUAUGAUCUUUGUUCAACAACUGAAAUUAAUUCAUCAGUUCAAUCGAUUAUUGAAAAUUUGAAAUCACUCAUGGCUAUGUUUAUCUUUCUCGAUUCUACUUCAUUAGCCGAGAUAUGUAGAGAACUAUUACAAUUCUGUCAAGCACAUGGUAACAAUAAAGAGGAUCGUUUUCAUUUACCAACACCUCGUUUAAAACAACUUCAAACAAAAACAUUAGAAAAUAUUAUUCAACAACGAUCAAACCAAUUACAAAAUUUAAAUCCAUGCGAUAAAUCCAAACUUUUAUUAAUAACAUCGAUUGAUCAAGAUAUUCAAACGUAUGAAUUAAUUCACAUAUAUCCACUUCUUGUUCGACUCUAUGAACGACGUGAAGCUCUAAUACGAAUCUUACAUGAUCAAUCAAAUUAUAAUCAAUCAAUAGGUAUUCAAUUAUCAUAUCUUCGAUUAUCUGAUAUCAUUGCUCUUCUAUUUCCUGAAUUACCUUUAUUCUUCAUGGAAUCAUUGCAAUUGGAUGAUUUCACAUUUAAACAUAUCGAGAAAUUGAAAAAAUAUUUGACAACUGCCGAAUUUCGAACAACUAUCAAAGAUUUAUACGAAAAACGAUUUAUUUUAAAAAAUGACAAAGAUGAAUUUCUAUGUUUGCUGUCAUAUAAUAGUUCAAAUGGAACAGAAAUGCUCAUUGAAUCGAUGCAAAGUUUAAUUAAAAAAAUGCAUACAACAGCUGAAAGUGAAGAUACACAGAAUCAUUGGUUUCAUCAAUUAACUGAAAGUAACGAAUACCAUUCAUUUUUUGCUCUCGAAAUACAAUCAUUACUGAGCAAAUUAUUCGAUGAAAUGCAAGAUAAUCUAUCUCAAUUUAUGAAACAAAUUGGUGUGUCCGGUUCUUAUAUAGCUACAAAUUAUUUGAAAUUUUCUAAUUCUAUUGUUCAAGAAUUUGGACAAGAUCUACAACGAUGUAAAGCUCGCAAAAUAGCAAUCGAGAAAGAACUUCAUUCUCCUACAUUGAGUGAUUUCAAGCGCCGAGAAUUAGAAAGAGAAGAUAGCAAUAUGAAUGACGAAUGCAUUAAAUACGAAAAAGAUUAUCAAAAUAAAUUAAAUAAUGUAGCCGUUGAACGAAUACGUCGACUUUUAGAAGUCAAUCGUCAAUUACAAGUUAAAGGUAAUUAUUUACCGUCACAACUAAUCGAAAAACUCGAAAAAUCAAGAUUAGAAAUCAGUGAUACUCAACAACAACAAAAAUUAACAACAUCAAGUGAAUUCUAUGCGAAUUUAUUUCGAGCAAAAAUACAUCUAUUAAAGAUUGAUAAAGCUGAAUUCAAUCAAUUGAAAUUUCGUGUAACUGAAUUCAUUCAAAAAUUAAGAAAUGAAUUGACAAAAUCCUAUGAUGAAUAUCAUCAAGCACUUACAUGGUUAAUGUCAGAUGAUAAUCUACAUCAAAUAUUCAAACGUUUUCUUUCAGCAUACAAAUUAGCACAUACUCAACUACUCAAUUCAUUUGAAAAUUGGCUAAAUGACAUGAUUCAUCAACGAAAUUCAUAUAAAAACGAAAUCGAGAGAACAAUCGAUCAAACACGUGCCUAUGUUAAUGAAACACUCGAAAUGAUUCAACCUAUAAUAAGAGCUACACAAAUAUCAUCGAUCGCGAUGGACAUAAACACUGUUCAUCAAACAGUAGAAGAACUUAGUCGAGUUGCUUUUCAAAUUGAAAAAUUUUCUGAUGAGACACGAGUUAGCUAUCGAUCUAAGGUAUUAGCAAUUUUAUUGUAUCAUUGUUCUAGUCUUUAUGCACGUAUUGCUGUGUUUAUUAUUCAACUAUUUAAAAUUCAACAAUCAAAUCCAUUGAUAUUUGCACAAUUGAAAACCAUGUCAAUCAAAAUUGAUAGAGAAUCAUUCGGAUGGGAUGAUAAUAUGAAGCGACUAGUUAUACUAAGUGGAUUUCGAGAACGUUUAGAUAUACCUGGUAUAAGUUUACCUGUUGACGAAUAUUCCUUAAAAGAAAUACAUAAACGUCUAUGUCAAGACUUUUCCUUAUUAGAAUAUAGUCUAAAGCUUCGAUAUACACAUGCAUUUGGCAAUAUUUGCUACGAUCCAGCUGCACUAAUCGAUGAUAUAGAACGAAAAAUGAAAAUACUCUCACAAGUUGGUGAUUGGAAUGAAAGUAGUCGUGUUACAGAAUUGACAUCGAAAAUAAAUCCACUAAUACAAGUCAGUUAUAAUCUAAAUGUUCUUGUCAAUAAUACCCAAUAUUUAUUAAUGAAAAUUCUCGAAAAUAAUACAGACACAUUCGAACUUGAAACAAUUAAAAACAUAGAACCAUUUUUAGGAAAUUUGGUUAAAGCUAUUCAUUUAUCAUGUUCAUCAUCCUUCGAAACAAUGUAUCCAGAAUUCUUAGACUAUAUUCUUGAAGAUCAAUUAGAUUUAUUAUUAGAUCAAGGAUUAAUGUCAAUUAAUAGUUUACACAAUGAACGAAAGAAAUUAAUCGAAUCAUUAAGUCAUAUACGAUCAAUACUAGAAAAUUUCGUUGAUCAAUUUAUUAUAUUUUUUAUUCAAUUAAAACAACAACAGCAACAAAAAGAAAUUGAUUCAUUUCAAAAAGAAUAUAGUAAAACGAUUAAAAAUCGUUUGAAUCGUAAUAAAAUUUAUUUAUUAGAAACACUAUCAAAAGAAAAUUUAAUUCGCUAUUUUCAUUAUGAUGAAAAACUCGAUGAAGAAUUCGAUUGGUACAAUCAAUUAGCACAAUUUCUCGUUCAAGGUUGGUCACAAGCAUCGCGUAUUCUUCGUUCAUUUACAUCAUCAACAACCAGUAAUCAACAAUCGACGGUAAAACGAUUACGAUAUUCAUUUGCUUUCAAAUUAUUAAAUGAAGAAGGACAACGAAUAAUCCUAUUUCUACAACAAACAAUCGGUGAAUUAGAACGAAAAUAUCCUCAAAAAGAAUUACUAAACGAUGAACCUGUUAUUGUUUAUCUUGUUCGAUUAACAAAAUUACUUCGCUACGAAUUGAUGCGAAUGUCAAUGAUGAAUUUAAAUCAAUUAAAAAUUGAUUUGAAUAACAUUGAUCGUCUCACUCUAAGACCAAGUUUGACACAAGUUAAAUUAACAAUUGAUGAUUGGAAUAAAGAAAUCGAUUUAUUACUUCAACAGAGAAAGAAAAUUCGAGAACGAUGGGUACAACGUAUGAAUGACGACUAUCAGAGUAGAGUUGAAGUUAUUAAACAACGAAACACACGUUUAGAACAAGAAUAUAAUACAAAAUGUAAUCAAGUACAUGAAAGAAUUCAAAAAAUAAUAUUAAACUCAGUGCAACUAUUAAAUGAUAUUAAACUCAUUGGAAAGCUUCUACAAACAACAAAAUUCAUAUCGAAUAAUUUCGAUAUAACAGAUGUAGAAACAUUAACGACUGAUACUGUACAACUUGUUAGACGAUUAAUUAAAGCUCAACAAAAAAUACCAGCACCUUGCCGACAUCGAUGUGAAGCUAGCACGACGGCCAAUCAGGAGCGACUUUCAAAUCGACCAAUCAGCUUUCGAGCAUAA